AUGCAUAUUUUUCAAACUACUGUUAGAUUUUUGGGGCAUAAUAUCGAAAAGGGAAAAAUCACUCCUAUUCAAAGAAGCAUAGAAUUUGCAUCUAAAUUCUCUGAUAUCAUUACAGAUAAAACACAGCUUCAGAGAUUUUUAGGAAGCUUAAAUUAUAUUUCUCCUUUUAUAAAGGACUGGGCAAAAGAUGCUGCCCCAUUAUAUGAAAGACUUAAGAAAAAUGCUAAGCCAUGGACAGAUGAUCAUACGAAAGUUGUCCAACAGAUUAAAAGCAAGGUUAAUAACCUUCCAUGUCUUGUUCUAGCUAAUGCCAGUUGGAAUAAAAUUGUUGAAACAGAUGCCUCUGAUAUAGGCUAUG